CGGAAAAAGGACUGAAAAAGUAUUGGAAUUCAUUCAAGACCGUGUUAGCCAGUAAAAAAGGUUUAUCCACCAUGGGCAUUGGCCUUGUGAUUUCUUAUUUGUACGUCACCCAUGAAAGUCCCGGAGCCCAGGACAGAAACAUGGCGGAUGUUUUCAAGAAGGGAAAAAUCGAUCAGGGGGUUAGUCCACCUAUUUCUAAAAAACUGGUCAAACGCGAGAAUCUUGAAAAUGUAGUGAAGAAUAUUUUGCAAUUCUCUUUACAAAAUUACUUUCUUAUUUCGGGCGAACAUGGGACGGGAAAAACAACCUUGGUUCAAAAUGCCAUCUUGAGUCUCCAAGAGCCAAAGGGUGUUAUCCAUUUUGAGUGUCCUUCAGAUGCGAAAGAAUUUGCAAAGAAUUUGUCAAAACAUCUUGAUUAUGAAUUAUAUCCAUUCAAACUUCGAGAUAUUAUCAUCAUGCAGUUGACAACUAAUGCAAUAAGGAAAGCAGAUUACUAUAUGAAAAAAUACAAGCGCCCAAUAGUUUUGGUUCUUGAUCAAGUAGAUCGCAUUGCUAAAAAGGACCCAGAGUUUCUUGGGAUGCUCCAAGAUUUUGCGAAGAGCGGUGCGGACAGAGACACCCUUGUCAUUGUAUUUAUUGCGAGUGAAGGCUCAGUUCCGCAAAUUAUGAAAUCUCGCUCUGCCUGGUCGCGAGCAAGCGCCACCUUUGAAGUUGGUGAUAUCUCAGAUGAAGAAGCUGUGAAAUUUCUGCAAGAUUCUGUGAAAUAUCUAACGGGUGGACGAUUUGCUUUAUUGAAGAAUGUCCAAGAAUUAAAUCGAGUCGAUCCUAAAAAUUUAGUUGAAAAAUUCAAGGAGCAAACGUUCACGCAGAUCAAGAGAGAUUUGGACACAGUGGAUCUUCCUGAAAACCAUGAAUUUUUCAUAAAGCUCAUUGAAGUAGAUCGUAUUGCCAUCAAGAAAGCUAAAACCAUUAUACCUCUCGACACGAUUCAUAAACUUGUCGAGGCUAAUAUUCUCAAAGAACAUCAGGACUACACUGUGUCCUUUCAUUCACGUUAUAUCGAUACCUAUUUUAAAGAG